AUGAUUAAAGCAGAUACUCACAUUAGCGAUGGCAUGUCAAAGUCAGGCGCAAAGGCGCGAAAGAAGGCGUUGACCAGGUCAGCGUGGACGCGGGACUUCUUUAUACCAUUAACAUUCGAAGAGGAAAAAGCUGACAUUCUUCAUGAUAAGAAGCAAGGCAUGGAUGAAGAAUUAGCUACAGAUUUCUCAGAACAAGUUCUUUUAGAAACACAUUUAGAGGGUUGA